ACGGGAGCAGCACACCACACGGGGUGGAGCAGGAAACCCCGGACUCCUCACCUGGUGGCCUGUGCCCACUGCCUGCUCAGAAAGUCCAAGGUCAUUAAGGGGAGCAGACCGAGUGAGGCCCCGAGGAAGCAGAAGCGAGGCCAGGGAGGAGCUUUGUGGGAACUCAAAGGGGAACUGCGGCUGCCAGCAGGCCAUCCCCUCCCGAGGACGAGAGGAAAGAGGAAGGCUGAACAGGAGGCCCCGAUGGAGAGCCGGCCUCCGCGGCGGUGGGCCCCGCCGGCCGCCUCCUGGGGCCCCUGGCUCCUGGGUUUGCUGCUGUUCCCCUGGACCCUGCAGCUCACAGGAGGGCAGUCGGUGACCCACAGUGGUGACCCCAUCUUGGUCUCCCUGGCCAACAAGGCCGUUUCCUUCAACUGCAAAAUCACCUACUCGUACACCCCAGAAUUCAAGGACUUCACAGUCUGGUACUUUCACGUGGACCUCAAGAGCCAGAGGAGCCUCAACAAGCAGGUUAACUGCCCACCCACCCAGGGCAAGGAGAACCAGACAUACACCCUGCAAUGCCAGGUCACCCUCAAGCUGCCCAAUGCUUCAGCCACGGGCACCUACUACUGCUGCGUGAACUGGCCAAACGUCCACAGAAUCAGUGAUGGCGUCUUCAUUCUGGUCAGAGACACAGGGUACCGAGGACCUCCACAGAACUCCCAGAAGCUCCUGCUCCUUUGCUUCACUGGCCUCCUGACUGCGCUGAGCAUCCUGGUCACAGCUCUGCUGCUCUGGAAGAAGAGACAGAUGCAGGCUCCCCGGGAGCACCCCGCCCUGAAGGACCCAGCCCCGAGCGCCGCCGCCCGCCAGGAGCAGCCUCCGGAGGAGUCCGUCUACACAGUCCUACAGCGUAGAGACACUGAAGUGUACUCGUGCAUCCAGAACGAGGCCAGGAGCCUGCCCCCCACCCAGAACCUUCUCUCCCAGAAAAAACUUAAUGGAUUUUUGGAUGACAGCGAAUUUAACCUCGUCUAUGAAAACCUCUAGGAUGAGCUCCACUGGCCCCUAAGGCCCCGAUCCCCUCUGGCCCCGGAUCAGCGGUCCCACGGGGCCUCCCUCCAAGGACUGGCCCGCCAACCCAGGACCAAGGCCCCAUCACCUCACCCCCGCAUCCAUGGUGCUCCCGGCCCCCCAUUCUGUACGCCAGACCUACCCACUGAGCACCUCGCAUCUGGCCUCUGCCCAGACUCUUCCUCCGUCUGCCAGGCCUAGCUCAGCCUUCACAGGUCUCUAGGACACCGCCCCUUCCCAGGCCCUCCUCACCUUCUCAGGAUCCACGGGCCCUCUUGGCACCAGCCUGCACCCCAGACGGAGCUCCUCAGGAGGCUCCCGGCAAGGCACCCUGGUCAGUGCUGUGAGCACGAGCACCAGCGGGGACAAACAAGGGACCAACCAUGCAAGUGCUCCCUGCCCAGCCAGGCCAGAGGCACAAGGCAGCCAUGCGAGGUGGAGAAAGGAGCUGGGGGUGGGGGCGUAUGGGGUGUGGGGAGGAUGGGAACUGUGCAGAGGUGGCUGGGCCGGGCUCGAGGACAGAGCUAGAGACCAGAGAGGUGGCUGAGGGGAGGUCCUGAGGCUGGUGGCCGGGGCAGGGAGGGUGAGGAAGGAGAUCAGCACAUUUGGGGCAAGGGAGGGGGAGAUGCUGGCUACACAGGAGCUGAACCUCCUAAGCUCUCCAUCCCCCAACAAGGAUGGUUGUUGCCCAUCAGCCUGGCCCUCUGCAUCCCUGUGCCAACUGCUUUGUCACCUCUGCGGCCCUUCCCCACCCUCCAGGCCUCAGCUCCUCCUCCCUCCCCCUGCACCCACCUUCCCCACCAGGGCCAGUUCCCCAGAGCCUCAGUCUGGCCUCCCUGGAUCCCACUCAUCUCCUCUAUUUGUUCACAUUUUGCACCUGUCCCAGGGCUUUGAGGACCUCUCCUCAAAUGGUCUAGCUGCAGGGCCUGGUGUCUGGGGCUCCCUGGGUGGUGUAGGAGCUCAGGCCCUCAGUGCUCACACAGAGCCAUUUCUGAGGCUCCCAAUGCUCAUUUCUUCCUCUCAGCAUCUCUGCUGGAGCCCAUUUCACAGACAGGGGCUAAGGGUGGGGGAAUCAUCCAGGCUGUGGGGCUCUGCUCUCCUCCAUCUCUGUUGCUUUCCAGGAUCUCAUUUGUACCAUCCUUCCUCCCACCCCCAGGCUGCUGCGGAGUCCUUGAGGGGCCCUCACACACAGACGUGUCCCGGGACAGUGAGGGGCCCAAGGCACAGGCCCCGACCCUCGCCCCUGAGCAGUACUGGGCCACUAGGUCAUGGGCAGCCCCUUCUCUGUGGUCCAGGCCCCUCCCUCAGGGCAGAUAGGCUGGGAGUUGGGGUGGGGGGAGCAAUAGCCUGACAUCCAAAGGAAAUCCCAGCCCCUCUGCUAAGAGGCAUCCAGCCUCCCUGGCCACCCAGGACAGGACAGCCCACAGCCUCCCAGCUUGGUUCUGAGCCUGGCCUGUGAGCACACAGCAAGGAGGGCUCUGAGCUGGAUUAUAAGGCUGAGUGGAGAGGGCCCUGCUCCCCCAGAGGCUGGAGUCGACUGAAUUCCUUGCCUGUGCAGGAGAGGCUGCCUGGAGCAAAACUGCCUUCUACGCUCCUGACUCCCCAAUAGCCCGAAGCAGAGGCCAGGAUUGUGGUAGGAGUGAGGCGGUCUGUGCUGCUCAGGGUGCGGGGAGCCUCCCCAGAGGAAACGAAAGCCAGCAAGACCAGGAGGAGGCUACCUGCUGGGCAUGGGCCUCUCUGUCCUGGCCUCAGGACGCUAGCCCCUGGGGCUCGGGCUCUGCAUCAUUCAGCCUCAAGGGAAGCCUGAAGGGAUCACAUCCCCUUGCCCUGCCCCCACUGCCUCUUCUCUGCAAAGUUGCCUAAGGGAUCCAGAUAAAACCUAUGGGGGGGGGGACACCUGGCUGGCUCAGUGUUUGAGCAUCUGCCUGCGGCUCAGGGCAUGAUCCUGGGGUCCUGGGAUCGAGUCCCACAUCGGGCUCUAUGUGGGGAGACUGCUUCUCCCUCUGCCUG